AUGGUCGAUAAUGCAGCUUCAUCAUCUACUGUUCAAAAUGUUGAACAUAAAACAUCACCUGUUUGUCGUUUUCUUAGAAAAUGUUUUAAUGAUUGGUCACUGGAUUUUGCUGCUAUGCUUGCUUAUAGCUUCUUGAUAGCGAUAUUACCAAUUAUCAUUAUAAUUUUUGGGACAUUAGGUUUAGUUUUGAAAGGUCGUCCUGACGACAAAGAAUAUUUUAAGAAUGCAAUUAUUCACUCAUUUCCUUCACAUAAUGCAACACAAUAUGGUAUACAACAGAUAGUCGAUCUUGCCUUUAAUCAAUUAGCAAACGAUGCGGGAAUAAUUUUUGUCGUUGGUAUUAUUUUCGCUAUAUUUUUUUCUUCACGCUUAUUUGUUGCUAUUGAUGUUUCUAUGACGAUUAUUUAUCGUUUACCUGAACGUACAUUGCUUCGUCAAAACUUAAUGGCAUUGGGUACACUGUUUCUCCUAAUUAUUAUUGUUAUAUUACUGAUUGCUGCUGGUUCAGUUCCAUCAGCUCUACUGAAUCAUGUUUCAGGAGAUGGUGCUCGAUUUCUAUUAUUUUUUGUUGGUAUUAUUGUGUCAUUGGCAAUAGCAUUUCUUCUCUUUGAAAUAAUAUAUUGGUUAAUACCGAAUAAAAAAAUGACUUUCAAGAAAACUUGGUGUGGUGCUUUGGUUGCGUCGAUAACAUUAGAAAUAUUUAUUAUUUUAUUUCCAUUGUAUGUACGACAGUUUAUGAGUAAUUAUGCAGGUCAAAUUGGCUUUGCCAUCAUACUUAUUCUGUUCUUUUAUUAUUUUGCUUUAAUUCUAAUUAUUGGUGCUCAAAUCAAUGCUCAGUUUUUCGAACAACAUCAACCAUUACCUAAGCCACUUGGGACAUUUUUAAGUCAAAUGUAUGAAGAACAAAGCCAGAGAAAUACUAACGAGUCAUCACAUCAUAAAACUAGUGAGCAACAACACUCUAAAAGGGAGUGGGUUCAUAGAUUAUGUUGCUGUAGAAAGAGACAGAGUGUUCAGACUCAAUCACCCGAAGAUAGUAAUGUUUAG